GGACUACUACUGCCAAACGACCAAUGAGGAAGAAGCGGGGCGGAGAACAGUCGACGGUUGUACUACAGCAUAGUACUGCAAACAGCUGUGGAAGCGUCUUCUGCUUUGUACACACGUUUCGCUGACCUGGUCAAUGGAUUACACAGUUUCCCUACAAGUGCAACAUCAAUUGACGGUGUUCCCGACACACUUGUACCAGGGUUACAGUUUGGAGUUACAGAUGAAGUCUACAGAAGUGGACCAAGGGCUUUUCACAGACACCUACUGUAAAGUGUGCAGCGCCCAGCUCAUCUCCGAGUCCCAGAGGGUUGCCCACUAUGAGAGUCGGAAACAUGCCAAUAAAGUGCGGCUGUAUUACAUGCUACAUCCCGUGGAUGGAGGCUGCCCAGCAAAGAAACUCAGGACAGACAAUGGCAGUGAGGAGGGAGACGUGGACAAGAACAAGUGUUGCACACUGUGUAACAUGUCCUUCACCUCAGCAGUGGUGGCACAGUCACAUUACCAAGGCAAAAUCCACGCCAAGAGACUAAAGCUGCUGCUGGGGGAGCAGCCUGCCAUCACAGCAAAAGAGGCUCCGCCCAGUCCCGUGAAAAGCUCCCCAGAAACGACCCCAUUGACCUCUCCUCGGCAGCGCAGGGACUCGGACCGCUACUGCCAGCUAUGCAACGCCUGGUUCAACAAUCCGGGCAUGGCACAGCAGCACUAUGACGGCAAGAAGCACAAGAAAAACGCAGCUCGUGCCGACCUCCUGGAACAGCUGGGCAAGACCCUGGACAUGGGAGAGAUGAAAGGUCUGAAACGUAGCUAUACCUGUGAAGUCUGCAGUGUCACACUCAACUCUGUGGCACAGUACCAUGCACAUCUGCAGGGCUCAAAGCACCAAAACAACCUGAAGAAUCAGAUAUGUGUCCAGUGAAUCUUGAAGAACAAAACAAACCAUUUGAUUGAUGUCAGACAAGCUGUGUUCAGCUUGCCCCAAUUUUUCUGCCUCUGCCCUGCUUCUCUCUCUACCACACAAGCACACACACACACACACACACACACACACACACACACACACACACACACACACACACACACACACACACACACACACACACACACACACACACACACACACACACACACACACACACACACACACACACACACACACACACACACACACACACACACACACACACACACACACACACACACACACUCUCUAUCUUUGUCUCUCUCCGUUGCCCUGCUAGCAUACAAUAGGAGAGCAAUUUUUUUUUAAAUGCUUCAGCUCCACAGCAUCUGUCUCACCUGUCAACUGAAGGCUUCUGCAGAACUCUUGUCAUUUUGGCCGUGUGAUAAUCAACAUUCCACAGAUUCUGCAUUUCACACCAACCGAUUCUCAGUACUUUUAAAGACGAUGGUCAACGAGAAUAAAUGUGGAUCCAGCAAAGGGGCAGUCCCCUCAAUGCAUGAAGAAAUGAACGACCUGCAACUUCAUGCUAACUAUGCUUUUGCUUUAGUUGUAAGUGGUUAGAGAGAGGAAGACUCUCAAUGGCAUUUUGGCUUGAGUAAUAAAGUGUUUUUUGUAAUUUAUUUACCUGAAAUAGAAUAUGUAUAAGAGAACUGAUAUAUAAGUAGUGUAUUGUUUUUUAAAUCUUAUUUAUGAGUAAUUUAUUUUAUUUUUAAAAUGUAUUUUGCCCUCAGACUGUUUUUGUUCCUUUAGAAUAAUGUAUAAUAAUAUAAUAAUGUUUGGGUCAAUGCUAUAUAUUCCCAUCUAAUCUCACAGUAACAUAAUAUCCCUGGUGGACAAGUUGGCAAUAAUAAUGACAGUUUGUACAAUGUCAUUGAACAUAAUGGCAUGGUGCACAAGUUGCUUUAUAUAUAAUACAGUAAAAGGUUUUCAUAAUGUUUACAAUUUGAACUGAUUUAUCUGCAGCUCUAGUAGUCCUAAAUAGGGGGAUCUACAGGUAACUGCCAAAAUAAAGGAAACACAAUAAGGUAUAUUGAAAGCAGGUGUAUUGAAAGCAGAUGCUUCCAAACAGAUGUGGUUAAUUGGUUAAUUAAGCAAUUAAUAUCCCGUCAUGCUUAGGGGCAUAAUAUAAAAUGCCCAGUUGCCCAUUAUUUUGGACUAAUUAACCCAGGAACCACAGUGACUUUGAAAGAGGGGUCUCAAAGGAGCAUAGGGGUUUUAAAGGUGUGUGUGUGCGUGUGUCAGUCACCAGAUCUCAACCCAAUUGAACACGUAUGGGAGAUGAUGGAAUUUCUCAUGGAGUUGUAGAAUCUAUGCCAAGGCACAUUAAAGCUGUUCUGGCAGCUCGUGGUGGCCCAACACCCCAUUAAAACACUAUGUUGGUGUUUCCUUUAUUUUGGCAGUUACCCGUACGUUGUCAGUGUUCCAGGUAUAAACAUGUGUUCUCUGUUCCUCCAUGCGGUUUGAGGUUCAAAUGUGGUCUUCGUCUCAGGGAGGUCCCAUUGAUUACUAUUGUCCAGAUUUAUGAUUCAGAUUCAUGAUUCAACAAAACUGUUCAAAAAAUGUGUUCACUGAAUUCAUUCCAAUAGAGCCUUUUAGAAUGUGUUAGUAUUACAGCCAAUUACAGUCGAUUUGAAUCAAACCAUGUUAUUCUGUAAUGGUGUAAAACAUUGCUGUUAUGAUGAUGAUGAUGAUGUCUUAUUCAGAAAUUGAGAGUAUUUAAAAAGCAAUCCAACUUUAAUAUACAACCUUAUCUCAACCUUCUGUAGCAACUCUUUCAUUCUAAUAGUUAUAAGAACAUUAAAGCUAUGUUAUGACAGUGGUUGUUGUUGCCAUACAUUUUACUUAACCAGAGUCUGGUGGUUAAAGAUAACUACUAAGCAGGUGUUCUAGUUUGAAUUUCUAUUUGUUCUUACUGUUGUAGAUGAAGCAGUUUAUUUGUCAUUGGGAAAGCAGAUGUAUCUGUAUACAGACAUAAGAGUUACUUAUUAUCCUGCCAGUACAGUGCAGUCAGUGUCUGUCGACAGCAAAAACGUGUUUGAUCAAUAGCCUUGAUAAAUGUGUUAAAAGGGAUUUUUGUGUGCUAAUUUAUAAAUAACUGAUCUGUUUGUUUUGAAAUGAGCAAUGUCUGGAAUUGUUAAACCAAUUGAAACCAACCCUUCUCCUACCUUUUUAAUUUGUUUUAGAAGACUUCAGCCAUUUUGGAUUUACUGCUUACACAUUAAAAAAAACACACCUAAGCAUUUUCACGCAUCUUAGAGAGAUGGAGUGAGAAAUUCUAAAACAUACGACAAAUCUUCCUGAACUGAACACCAACUGAAGCUGGCUCAACUCAGAGCCAUCCGCCUUGUGAGAUGCCACAGGCCAACAAAAAAAAUACAACAAUGUAUAAAGUGUUUUUAAUAUUACAAACAACUUAAGAUGUGCAUGAAUGAUUGACUAAUUAAUGAAACUAUCCUUCUCAGAUCCACUGAAUUUCUUUGCUCAGACCAAGUCAUAACGUUGCAUUCUGCCCAACUUUGCAUUGGAUCUGGUGUCUCUCCCUCGAUCUCCAGGGGAACUCCAUGUCUCAUACACCCCUACUCCCUUUGUGCUCUCUCUAGGUUAUGUACUCUACGGUGUCUGAAAAACAAUAAAAGACACUUGCAACUAUACUAUA